AUGAAAGUAACUACAUUAUCAACAGCUUUGGCUAUAUUAUCUGCUACCAAUAUGGUUGCCGCUGCCCCAGCGCCACAGGUUUUGACGGUGUGGCAAACUGCAACACAAGUUGUUAAUACGGAUGGGUCUAUUUAUGACCAGGAAGCUACACAGGCAACGGUGGCAGCUGUUUCUACUAGUGCAGCUGCAUCAACACCUACAUCAGCUGCUGGUACUAAUUCAGGUUCAAGUUCAUCCGGAAGCAAGUUCAACUUGGACUCUUUGCUCUCGGGAGGAAGUGGAAAGAUGAAGCAAUGGCUCAGUAAAAUGUUUGGAGACGAUUCCGGAUCUUCGAGUGGAUCUUCGGGUGCUUCCACAAAUGCGCCAUCCUCCACAUCAGCCAAUCUUGCCACUAGUGCUUCUACUGGAUCUUCCGGAUUAGGAUUUUUAGAUAACCUUUUGGGUGGAUCAGACUCUGGAUCAGACUCAGGAUCAGGAUCAGGCUCUGGAUCGGGAUCAGGAUCAGGCUCUGGAUCGGGAUCAGGAUCAGGCUCUGGCAGUUCUUCCACUUACAAUCCAUCCACCUUAUCAACAUCAACCAUUUCAUCGUCCGGUUCAUCUAGUACCUCUACUUCCGGCUCGUCAUCUGGUAUUUAUGACCAAAUUUCUGACUCCCCAGGUGUUGACAAGACCUUUGCUAAGGAAAUAUUAGAUGCCCAUAACACGGACAGAGCAAAACACCUGGCACAACCAUUAUCAUGGGACACCGACGCUUAUAACUACGCGAAGAAAGUUGCAGACAAUUACGAUUGUUCUGGUGUUUUGACCCAUACACAUGGUCAGUUCGGUGAAAACCUUGCCUGUGGUUACAAGGACGGCCCUUCUGCUGUUAAAGCUUGGUACGAAGAAGGCCAAUCUUAUGAUUACUCUACUGCAAAUGAAUACAACCAUUUCACUCAAUUGGUUUGGAAAGACACAACUAAGCUUGGCUGUGCUUACAAAGAUUGUUCUUCAGAAAACUGGGGUUUAUACAUUAUUUGUUCAUACGAUCCUGCUGGUAACGUCAUUGGUCAUAAUAAGGCAAAUGUGUUAGAGAAUUAA